AUGUUCAUAACCGUACACAAGAUUUUCAGUUUAUUAUUUUUAUUAGCUACUACAAGCAAUGCUAUAGAAAUUAUUCUGCUUUGGCUUGAUUAUGCUGAAUUUAAUUUAUUUUAUAAUAAAUCUAUUAAUAUCACCUUCCUUUAUAAUUUACUCUGAAAAAGUAUAUAGCAGUUUCUCCAGACAAUUCUUAUAGAAGCUCAGAUUUAUGGAAUGACACGUAUUUUAUGGACUUAUCCGAGAGUUUUCAGUUUAUUAUCGACUUUCACAUUUGCAAUUACUCAAGCAUCAACUAUUGUGCAGAAAAAUACCCGAAUUCGUUAAUUUUACUUGAUUUUUCAGAAGACUCUUAUAUUCAAUAUACCCUUUUAGAAUUUUGCAAUUAUCAUUUUUUAGUCCAUUUAUAGGCAUAUCAUUAAGAUAGCCCGAUAUAGAGGUCAAAAGUUACCUCUUUGCCCAGCCAACUCAGGCUGGCCGAAUCAAUUGGAGCUUUUUGACUUCUAUCCCUCGCCUAUAUCGGGCUAUCUUAGGGAUAUACCUAUAGUGUAUCAGCACAACUUUAAGUAUAAUGAUGGAUUGACUUAUUCAGCAGUUUCUUCUUUAUCAGACCAAAUGGAUGCGUUUUAUUCUUUAAUGGAACAUUUUAAUUGAACUCAAGGUGCUGCUUUUAACAAUAAAGAAAAUUAUGAGAUAAAAGACAGAUUUUUAAAUUUUUCGUCAUUCAUGUCAAUUCUGACUAUUGAAUCCUUGGAAGAUAUAGAAAAUCUUGUAAACCAAACAGUAGCAAGAAUGGGAGCAACCCUUUACUAUCUUUUAACAUCGCCUUCUGAGUCAAUAAAACUGCAAAAUGCUCUUACCAAAGGCAAACUUUUGACAAAAGGAAACGGAAUUUUACUUAACCAAGAAAGCGCAUAUGGAUGUAGCAUUGAUGGGUCUUUGAUCGUCACUGAAGCUGGCAUGGAAUUUGCCGAGUCUACUAUGGAAUAUUAUGAAAAAUCUUUAAAAAGUAUUUUAAAACUUAUAAUCCAAAACUCAAUAGAAACUUUUUCAGAGCUGCAAUACUUUUUAGAGUCAGAGCUUGAAAAUCAUUAUAAUAAAGCCAGAUAUUCUAUUGUCACGUGUCUUCACACGAGGUCUACUCCAUAACGACUAUUUUUUUUUGGCCUAUUUUUUUUUGGCCUAUUUUUUUUUGGCCUAAUUUUUUUUGGCCUAUUUUUUUUUAACCUAUUUUUUUUUGGCCUAUUUUUUUUGGCCUAUUUUUUUUUGGCUAAAGGUGUAUUUUAUGUUGAUUAAAUCAUUUAAAAUGCAUUAAAAAUUAUAUUAAAAUCAUUAGUAUAAAAUUAGGCCCAAAUAUUAGUAAAAAAUAGCUAAAAAAUGGCCAAAAAAAAGUCAAAAAAAAUAGGUCAAAAAAAUAGGUUAAAAAAAAAUAGGCCAAAAAAAAAUAGUCGUCAUGAAAUAGGCCAAAAAAAAUAGGCCAAAAAAAAUUAGGCCAAAAAAAAAUAGUCUUUAUGGAGUAGACCUCGUGUGAAGGAACCCUAUUGUCAAUAUUCAGAAUGGAGAAAGAGUGGUUGUUGGGUCGAUUGUAGACAGAAAAAUUAAUUUUUUUGGAAAUCUAACAUUUCUUGGCGGGAUUAGCACUGUUCCAAAAUCAAUUAAAAAGGUGAUAGAUCUGAGCAUAACUGCUGGGACUACCAACCCAGGAGCUCUUCCUAGCACUACAACUAAGCUUGCUGCAAUGGGUGCUUUUGUGGCGCAAGAUGAAAUUAAUGCUGGAAAUUCAAUUUUGCCUAAUUUUCAAAUAUACCAAGCUGCGGAGUACAAGAAAUAAUAGAUAAAACUCUAAAAAUAAUUGUUUUGAAUAUAUCGCGCUAAAGGAGUACUCAAAAGCAGUUAUCGGGUAUAUCAAUGUUUAAUUUUGACUGUGGAGUUUCCCUCUAUAAUGCUACAUUUGCUUUUGGUGAAUUCCAAUGAUUGCAAACUUUUGAUAGUAUCCAUUUCAUCUAAAAACAUUUAGUCAAAAAUUUUUUAAAUGCUAACCAUUUGGCUGAAAUUUAACGGUUUUGUAUGGUAUCAAAAAAAACUUCAAAAAAUUUCCUAGGAAUCAAAAAUCCACAAUUAUUUGGCAUAGAGCCAUUUGCCACAGCUUGCUACAAGAACAAUGUCGAUAAAAUUGGCCAUUCUCAUCUCACUACUUUUGGAUCAGCAGUAGCAAUUGGGCAAUAUAAGAUUUUUAAAGCUCUAAAUGUGACAGUUCCCAGUAUAGGAAGCACUAAUGGUGAUGGUAGCUUAGCUUCUUCUACAAAUUACCCCUUAUAUGUCAGACUAUACACAUCACUGAUUUAUAGUAUACAUUUUUGUAAUAAAUCUACCAAUACAACGCUUCUUUUAUCAAUUACCGAAUUGCCAAAAAAUGUUAUAAAUGGUCAAUAUUGCUAAACGCCUUAGGCUGAAAAAACAUUGCAGCCCUUUAUGAGUACAAUACCUGAGGGAUAGGUGUCUAUCAAGCCUUAAACAUCUCAAUGCAAAAUGUUGGGAUCAAAAUAGUCAACCCUGAAGACUCAAGGCACAUGCCUGGAAAUCUUGACCGAAACGGUGUAAAAAAUUAUACCAAUAUUUUCCAGACCAUAAUUAACACCCAAGCAAGACUUAUUGUAAUGAUGCUGCAGUGUCCAAUGUGCAAUUACGUGAUUGAGCUUCUUUAUGAUAUGGGUUUGAGGAGAGGAGAUAUAGUGAUUUUAGCUGGCUCCCAAGAUGUCUCAGCCUGCAUUGCUACAAAUGACAGCUAUAGAAAUUGCCCGAGGAUGGCGCUAUAUUGCGCCAUCCUCGGGCAAUUGGAGACACGGCUCCCACACGGGAAUUGUGUUCCACGUGUGGAGCCAUUUUUCCACGUGGGAAAAUGUGGAUUCCACACGUGGAAAAAUGGCUCCACACGUGGAUACGGUUCCCGUGUGGAGCCAAUUUUCGCUUGCCCUAGGAUGGCGCCAUAUAGCGCCAUCCUAGGGCAAAUCCUAUAUUUAUAUAAAAGAGUAGAGCUGGGGGUGUCUAUGAUAAGAUUAAGUGUACCUUAUUGGGUAGGGAGUAUAGGGGAAAAUACUAGGGAUGGGAUUUCAGAGAAAUAUAAUAUGACUACUCCUAAUUCGUUUGGGUGCUAUUAUUAUGAUUCUCUGUACCUUGUGGCGAACGCCUUGGAUUUUAUGAUAGAUAGAGGGUAUGAUUAUGCAGACCCUUAUAUGCUGAUGUCGACUAUUAGAAAUACUAAAUUUACUGGCUGCUCUGGGCUUAUUAGUAUUGGGAAAGGAACAAAUGAUAGGAAUUUUGAGUUUUUUUAUAUUGAGGAAAAUAAAAAUAGAUGAUCAAUUAAUAAAAAAAGGUUAAAUUUGGCUAUAAGAGGGAAACCUACUAGCCUUUACCUCGUUUGGCUCCAAAAUAGCCUCCUCCUCGCCCCACGAGACGAAAGAGGGAAAUAAAGGCUGCCGUCUUGAAUUUCGGAUCUGAACCGCCUUUAUAAGGGAUUAGCUCCCUAGGGCAGAGAGACUGUCUGCAGAGUGCCCUGAUAGCCUCAAAAAACCAUUUGGUAGGCAAAACCUGUCUAGUCCAUCUGGCAAGGACAAGAUAACAUUUGGGGGAGAAGCAAACUUCCCUCCUCAGCAAAGCAUCCCCAAGCCUGAAGAUCUAAUUCAAAAUGAACAGAGGUCCUGUUUUCAGCUUCAUCAGGAUGGGUCCUACCUGCUCCAUAGUGAGUGCGCCUCGGAGUCCAAUCUCCAUCAGCGCCAUUAUUCGUUUCUUUAGAUGAUCAAGGGAUACCUUAUAUACACCUUGUAGGAAAAUUAUACCCAUUUGGCACUCAAGUCAUUAAAUAUGUAGACACUCUGAUUUACCCUGAUGGGACUUCCAUAAAGCCAACUGAUUUCAGAAAUGCCAAUUACAAAUGCCCAUUUUCCAGCAAAGAAGUCCAAACUUUUCCUAAAGGUCGUAUUUUAGUAUUCGGAAUUUGUUUUACUAUUGCAUUUAUCACAGUGCUUAUAACAUUUUUUAUAUGGAAAAAAUGAUGGAAUAUUCCUAUUGAAGAACUUAAAGAAAAAAAAGAAAUUUCCUUUCAGGAUUUUGUUGUGGGCGCUACAAUAGCAAUCGAGUUAUUCCAGUUUUGUAAUAUGGGGCCUGAUUUUUCUAUUGUAGAACCCUUUUUGUAUAAUGUCAGCGAUGUGCUUUCUAUGAAUUUAGAGUCUGUUAUAAAGCUAAAAAAUGGGGUGUUUUGGAUUGUGGUUGAUGUGGUAUAUGGAGGAAUUGUGCUAUGGGUUAUUUUGUGCUUGGUCGUUUUAUAUAGACUUGAUGAAAAGUGGAGAUUUUGGUGGAUUUUCAGAUUUUUAGGCUGGCUUGGGGAUAUACUUAUGCCGAUUUUAGGAAAUUUGUGUUUUAUUCCUUUUGUUAUACAUAAAAUGGCCGGAGACGAGCGACCCGUCCUUCCGUGGCGGGUGUCCUUAUGUAUACCGGACGUGGUUUUUGGAUGCGGAGAGCUACUCAAGGAAAGAGUUAGCCUCGAGGCGAGAGGCCCAGCCCAAUUUCCGCUGAUUUUGGGACUUGACCCGGGCAGCAGUUUUUCGCUUUCUUUUUGCCAGUAGCGCCGAGACCAGACUCGGUGUCCGAAAGAGGCAGGGUGAGUUACCUGCCUAAGCUACUUGGUGGCUUAGCCCCGAAUCCCGUAAGGGGUUGAGUUUUUUCUUGGAGAUAAUCCGGGAAAAAGGGGAGGCGAAGCUCGACACAGAUCUCAAGGGCGCAAGUCUCUCCAGUCGAAAAGGGUCCCGAUCAAAAGGGGCGAUCUGGCCAGAGGCAAGCAGGGUUGGGUAGACUUGGCCUCGAGUUGGAAAUUGAUGGUUCCCGGCAAAAUCCGUAUGACCCGGAUCAGGAGGGAAAUUGCCACUACCGAGAAACCGGGUUUCGGCCCGGGCUCGAAGUGCCUUUAGGGAGCCCACCCCGCAGCGGUUCCGCUGCGGAAAGCGAAGACUUUGGAAGUGGGGACUAUAAAUACACAGCUUAAAUCUAAUCUAAUCUAAUCUAUUCCUUUUGUUUCGAUAUGUUUAGAUAUUUUUUUGUGUGACCAAUCAAUAGGUGACGAUUUCACUGAUAGCUUUCUUAGCGCAGAUUGCUAUUAUUUCUGUUGAAAAGAUACCCAUUUAAUUUAUGCGAUUUUUUCAUUUUUUGCUUUAUUAGCCUAUGAGCCUUUUGCUGUAUUCUGCCGGCCUCUUUGGCAAGAAUUUCAGCCAAUUUUACAUGUGAAAACUCUUCCAUUAUAUUUAAUGGUAAAAACAGUAGUUCAGACCAUUAUUAUUGUCCUCAGUAAGACUCUUCAAAGAGCCCAAAACCUGGCUCAUGCAAUAGUUUUUGUGCUAUUAAUGACUGGCUAUGCUAUAUUUAUUUUUAGAAUGAAGCCAUAUAACUAUGCAAGAUUUAGCUUCUGACAAGGACUUAGUAUAGUGGGAGUUGUGUGACUGAGCUUAUUGUUAGCUAUUGGGCUCGGGCUUGGAGAUAAUGGUCUUUCAAUUCCAUUGCUAUGCUGCUGAAUAAUUGGGUGACUAUUUUUAUUAUUUUUUGGACUAUAUGUACAAUUUAAAAAAUACCCUAGUUUGUUAAUCACCAAAAAAUCAAGGGAUACAAGUACACUGUUUAGAUUUGCUUUUACGUUUGGAAAUAAAUCCAAAAAUUCACUGAAUGAAAUUCACAAAAUGAGCACUCAUCAUAAAACUAUGCCAUUGGGCUAA